AUGGAUCAGCCAACUGAGAACAGCCCAACCAAGAUGGAUCAAUCGAUUGAAAACACCACCAUUCCAAUUGAGGAUAUCUUAGAACAGAUUCCAACUGCCAUCAAUGACGUGCAGGUUAAAUCUGAGCCAGAUACGUUGAGCCCGGUGAACAGUCUAGCCAAGGAUACAAACCUGGAAGUCUGUAUCCCGACUUGCAAGCCAAAUCAAGAGCUACGUGCAGCCUACAUUGCUUCAAGAAAAGUCCGGAACCAGAGCUGGGCACAAAAUGAUUUGCCCGAGGAGCCCGAGGAGAAAUCACUGGAUGAAACACACUUGAAAGCCCCUUCCGAUGACGAGCAGCUUUCUGGGGACAAUCAGCAGUCUUCUGGUGAAGAUGGCCAGUCUUUGAGUGGUUAUGAUCAACCUCUUAGUGACGCCGAUCCCUCUCAUAGCGAAGAUGAUCAGUCUUUCGGCGAAGAUAAUCGGUCUUUCGGUGACGAUGAUCAGUCUUCUACAGACGAAAAGUCAGACCCUUCUUCUGGCAGUGAGAGUGACUUGAACCCCAUAGAUAGUCCUCCGAAGCCAACCGAAAGGCGGUCGGACAAGUCGAGCAAGGCUAAAAUUUCGUUGGCCUUGGGUGAAACAGUCGAAGGCUUGAUGACAAGCAAUAUACUGAGCUCUGCGAAUGCGGAUGGAAAUGGGACUGAUGUGCAGCAAUUUGUCCCUGUUUCUCGGAAAAGGGACAAGAAAAAGGCUCUCGCGGAGGAGAUUGAUAAGCUUCCAGUUGCGGACCAAGCGCAGGCCAAAAAGGACGCGGCUGGAUUGAUCAAGGACUCAAAGAAGUUCAAGCGUCCGGCGUCAAUCGUCGAUAUGCACUGGAAGAUUCGGGGUGUCAAAACACUUCUGAAGCACCAUCAGCUCAAGGCUGCUGCGUGGAUGCGCGAUCGCGAACAAUCAAAGAAGGAGCCGAAUGGGGGCUUGCUCUGCGAUGAGAUGGGUCUUGGAAAAACUCUCACAGCUCUCACAAUCGUCGCGCACGAAAAGUUCCCACCUCGUUCAAAUGCCCCGACCCUAAUUAUUGUCCCAAGGAGCUUGGUUUCCCAGUGGAUGGGCCAAAUAUCCCUCCAUUGCGUGAAAAAGAUAAGCAAUGACGUUCUCGAGCACUACUCUGGUUCCCGAACAGGCCAGCGCGAAGUUGUGAAAGUGAUGCAAAAAAAGCGCAUUGUUUUGACCACAUAUCAGGAGGUCUGCAGUUCGCAUCCGAAGUUGAAGCCGCCAGUCAAAAUCAAGACCCCUGAAGAGCUUGAGGCUUGGAGAGAAGAGGAAUUCAAUCGCAGAGCUGGACCUCUCCAUAAGGUUAAGUGGCAUCGGAUCAUUAUUGAUGAAGCUCAUUCGAUCAAGAAUAAAGAUUCCGCAACCUCUAUUGCUGUCCGAGCCUUGCAGGGCAAAUGCAAAUGGGCUCUGAGCGGAACGCCUUUGCACAAUGGCGUGGAAGAGCUUUACCCGUACCUGCAUUUCAUCUAUACAACAGAGAGAAUGGGAUAUGAGUCCUUCUUGAAAAGGUUCUCCACUGGAUUGAAUCAUAUUCUUAAAACCGUACUGCACCGCAGUACAUACAGUACCCGGAUCCUCGGAAAGCCCAUUGUUACGCUGCCUGGCAUCAGCAAUCGAGUUGUGGAAGUCGAGCUUUGUCCAGCUGAAAAGCUUCUCUACAGGGAGAUCCAGGAUCUCGGCAUUGCAAUGAUUGAUGGCUUGGCAAGUACAAAGAAAGAAAUGUUUGUGAGCCACCCACUCCUCGCUCAGAGGUUUCUCGAGACCGUGCUCAAUCAGCGUGUGAUUGAAGAGCUCAAAACCAUGGCACAACAUGGAAAACAAGAUGCGGCCAAGACUCCAUCAAACACCAUCAUCAAUUUGCUUCUCACUGUGGCAGACAAGGUUGCUGCCCGACCAAGGCCUCCAGGAGACUUCCACGUGCUUCGUGACAUGUAUCACAAGCACAUCUUGCACAUCCGCGAAAAUGGCGAAAAAGAGUAUUCAAAUUAUCAAGAACAUUUGCGAAGGAUAUGUCCUUGCUGCAGGAGCAUGGUUUGGGAACCCAAGCCAUAUGUGGUUACAUCUUGUCGACACGUUUACUGUCAAGGCUGCUUUGAUAAGCUGCCUGAUCAAGAUGGAAAGACCGAUUCUAUCACCCGUAUCUGCAAUUUCUGCAACGAGCCCAUCGAGGAGGCCGGAUAUUCAGAGGGUUCAGCAAAGACCUCCCCCAAAAAGUCACCAAAGAAAAGAAAGCAGUCCACACCGAAGAAAAAGGGCAAGGAGAUAUUCGAAACAACAAAGCGGCGACGAAAUUCUUUCAAAAACCAAGUUCUACUCAGAGAUAUAUCGGAUGACGAGUGGGACGAUCCUGAUGAUGAUGAGAGUGAUUGGGUUUCGCGUAUUGGCGAUCGCAUGCCAUCAGCAAAAACCGUAGCGGUUCGGGACAUUGUUGCAAAUUGGGUGAAUGAGGAUGAGAACACCAAGAUUGUUAUCUUCGUUCAGUUUCUCAAGACCGUCAAGCUUCUUCAGUUCAUGUGCGAUAAGGAGGGCUGGAAAUAUGCGCUUAUAACAGGAAAAGUAUCCCCCGCCGCGCGUGACGACCAAAUUGAGAAAUUCGGCAAUGAGAAGGACAUCAAGGUCUUGAUCUCUUCCCUGAGGAUUGGAGGCGUUGGUCUCAACUUGACCAUGGCUAACAAAUGCAUCCUCGUGGAUCCUUGGUGGAACGAAGCAAUCCAACAUCAAGCAUACUGUCGCCUGUACCGCAUUGGACAGCACCGCGCAGUGGAAUACGUCCAAGUCAUUGUCAAAGGAUCCAUUGACACGUGGAUGAUUAGCUUGCAGAAGAAAAAGACUAAGAACAUUCGUCAGUUGCUGAGUGCGGACUCACUUCAGGAGAUACUCCGACCUUCCGGGGAUGUCCGCGAGAAGCCAAAUGGUGGAUUUUCGAUCUCCACUAGCAAGGAAAACAAGCACCUCCAGGCCUGGACACAGGUUGUUGAAUCAGGGGUCCUUGACGACGUGGAUUCUUCGGAGGAAGAUUAG